GUUUCUAUUCUCAACAAAAAGAAUAGCAUGAUGACAGACGACAGAUUGGAGCAUGCGAAGAUCGGGUCCUGGUUCCUCGGCCCCCGGGCUGAGAACCACGAGCAACUCAAAGCAUUCUUGGCUUACAUCCUUGAGAAACACAGGGAAGCGAGGUCAAAUAUAUACAUAUACGAUCCAGAUUUUAUUACUCCCGAGAUGCAAAGAACUCAAAGCUACCAUGAUUCCAUCAAUCGUCUUUGGAGAAUGGUCAAAUUUCUGACUAGAAAGCUGGCGAGCCAUUCCAUCCCAUUCUGGUCUCCUAGAUACAAUGCACACAUGAACAUGGACACGGCUAUGCCUGGCAUAAUUGGCUAUAUGGCUGCAAUGUUGUACAAUCCAAAUAACGCGGCACCUGAAGGCAGCCCAUUGACGACCCUAAUCGAACGGAAGGUUGGACAAGAGCUUUGCCAAAUGCUGGGGUAUAGGACGGAACGAAUCGAACAAUGCGAUACAUCGUGUGCGUGGGGACACAUCACAUGCGAUGGCUCGGUGGCAAACCUGGAAGCUAUUUGGGCAGCCCGCAAUCUCAAGUUCUACCCUUUGUCCCUGAAGUUAGCGAUGGAGACUGGGAACAGAUUAGAUUUCCUUGGCACAAUCGAACCACCAUUCACCCUAGAGAACUGCAAGGGAACCAAGAAACUGUUCAAAGAGCUAUCAACAUGGGAGCUCUUGAACCUUAAGCCGUCGAUAACACUCGAUAUUCCCACUCGUCUCUACAAGGAGUAUGGCAUCUCGCCAUCGUUUCUGGAAUCAGCCAUAGGCCCAUACCUUGUUCAAUCGAUCGGUAUAGAUCCCCUGGAAAAAAAGUUCAAUAUAAAGAAUUCUGCAAAGUUCUGCAUCAGCAUUGGGAGGCACUACUCUUGGCCCAAAGGCGGAGCACUUAUCGGCAUUGGAUCGGAGAGCUUUGUUAAUAUCAACGUCGACUUGCACGCUCGCAUGAAUAUCCAAGAGCUUAAGAGGUAUCUCGACUCAUGUGUACCAGAUGCUGAGGAUGAUCGGACUCCUGUCUUCGGUGUAGUUGCGAUUAUGGGAUCCACUGAACACGGAGCGUGCGACCCACUGAAAGAACUGGUUGGUAUUCGCGAAAGCUACGAAGAGAAAGGCCUCUCGUUUCUCAUCCAUUGUGACGCAGCAUGGGGUGGAUAUUUUACCUCCAUGCUCCGUACACCAACUGAAACGUUACAUCUGCCAUAUGUUCCAAUCAUGGCACUGAAGCCGCAUACAGAAGAACAGCUGAGGGCCCUUAAAGAUGUUGACAGCAUUACUGUAGAUCCUCAUAAAUCCGGCUACGUGAACUAUCCUGCUGGUGGUCUUUGCUACCGUGAUGAACGGCUGAAAUGUCUCAUCACUUGGACUAGUCCUAUAGUUUUCCAUGCGGGUGAUGCGCUCGAGAGUAUGGGCGUCUAUGGUGUGGAAGGAAGCAAGCCAGGCGCCUCGCCGGUUGCCGCCUGGCUGACUCACAACACUUUGAAACUCAACAGUGAAGGAUAUGGAAGACUACUUGGUGAAGCUAUCUUCACUUGUUCAAAGCUCUACUGCCACUGGGCUACUAUGACCCGAGAAGAUACAGAUCUAAUUGUUGUCCCAUUUAACAUGCUCCCAACAGAACAGAAUAAUGCUAGUCCAGAAGCUAUUGAGAAGGAAAAGACAUUGAUUGAAAAGAGGAUUUUAGGCGUGAGCAAUGAAGACUUGAUGAGGGACUCUGUAGCGGCGGAUCUGUUGAAGGAUUUAGGCAGCGAUUUGAUGAUCAACGCCUUUGCUUGCAACUUCAGAGUGGACGGAGAAGCAAAUACCGAUGUGGAAGAGGCCAACUAUCUCAAUAAGCGAAUAUUUAAACGUCUCUCGGUUUCAAGUAUGUACGACGCCGUCGAAGAGAGGCCACUAUUCAUCACUGAGUCAACUUUUGCACAAGAUGUGUAUGGAGACUGCCUUCGCAAUUACAAGCGCCGUCUUCAGUUGGGCGAGACUGCUGGUGGAGAUUUGGUGUCUUUAGUUAACGUGACCAUGAGCCCUUGGCCGAGCGAUUACCCAUUCCUAAGGGAUCUGGCUGAGACAUUUAAAAGGGUGGCGAACCAAGAAGUCCAGCGAUGCGUGAAGCGUAACCGGCUCACAAAGGACAUCCACGGGUUCAUCAUGCAAGGGUGUAAUAAACUCUUUCUCGUCCAUCUUUCUAUGUUCAACAUGGCCAAUCAUCGCCGGCAACUCAUCGUUACAGCCGAGAUACCGGAGAGGAUAAUGAGUCAAUAUCGAAACCUUCGCGCUGAGAAUCCUGCCAAGUUCUACAGGCUAACAAAUGUGAAAGAGGCAUAUCUUGAAGAGCUUCAGCACGCGAAAUCUUUUGAGGCGAGAAUGGAUGAGGGGACCCAAGAAUCUGACACAGCCCCGCUAGCGACGUUCAACGUGAAGAAUGUGAACGUUGUUAUCGAUAAGUCGCUCAAAUCCGACCACCUCGAGAAAAACUAUCCAAAAAUGAUGCCAUUUUAUGUUUACGGCAGUGAGCAGGAAUACCACAUAGAUCAUGUGCUCAAGAAAUCCCCCAAUGCGCAGUUGACUGCUGAUUGCGUCACGGUCUCAGUGAAACCCCCAUUAGAGACUGAACAACUCGAACGUGGUGUGGUUGCACGACUCCGGAAUGUGUUCGAAAGACCUUUGCAGCCGCUGCCAACAUACGAGGGUCAGAUCGUACGUAACGUGCCGGGGCUGUCGUUCGUGCCACACCGCAAAUAUGAGGUAGAAAUGUUUGACACCUACGCAAACUUUCAGAACCAGGGUGAACCGAUUGCGACCGGAAACAUCAUGUUGGGGUAUCGCGUGUACGCCGAUUGGUUGGAGAUAAACAAAGAUCCUACAGAGACAGUCAAGUAGUCACCCACCCUGUAUUUGUUGUAGUUCAGAGGAAGAUUGUGUGACCUUGAAGAUUUGAGCUUUCCCAUACAUGUACUAGGACCUGAGCUAUUGUCAUUCUGUACCCUAGUGCGUGGUGCACCCGACCCUCGUCCUAUUUAUGCGCCCGCUGAUUCGUCCAUUCUCGAUGUUCCGCGGUGUGUACUCCCGCUCGGAUGGUGUGCGUGUUUAUUGAUUUAUAUAGCUACAUUCCAUAUUAUUUUUUAAUAUAG